AUGACUAUGGAAGUGGAGGAACUCCCGCAAAAGAGGAACAGUCGUGUGGCAGUUGGAUGUACUGCUUGUAGAGUUCGUCAUGUCCGGUGUGAUAAAGAAAUGCCCUCGUGCUCAGCGUGUAUAAAAGCCGGCAUUGAGUGUGAGCGCUCUCUUCAGGUUCGGUUCCGGCCUGGGCUUGGCAACUCAGCUGGAUACGCAUUUUCAUCCGACCAAGUUUGGGUCCGGCCAAGGAAAUUGUUGGAAUAUCGUGAUGAAACAACUCGGGUAUCACUGAAUUAUGAGAUAGAGGAAGUGCAAGAGUUACCGAUGGAAGAAGCCAUGCCAUUUAUACCGGAAUCGACAGAGGCAGAUCAUCCGAUAUCGAAUACACCAGCGCACGUAUCACCGGCUUCUCACAUUUCCCAACCGUCACACGGAUCAAAUUCUCCAGCGACCAGCCGCCAUGAAUUGAUCGAAUCACCAGGCAGUGCCCGGAUAACCCGCCAUCUCCGUGAUAGCUCUGAGCUGUACCGUUCUCCCGCAUCGCCCUAUUCGCGCCUUGCGCUACCUUUCACAACGCGAGAAGCCGUAUUGAUCAGGAACUUCGCCGAGAAUAUGGCGCUGUGGGCUGACGCGACUGACCUAAAACGCCAUUUUGAGCUGGAGGUCCCACGGAGGUCCAUGUACUUCCCUGUGCUUCGCUACGCGGUGUUCGCAUUUUCCGCACGGCACGUUAAUCGUGACAAGUCAGACACGUCUACUGAGGCGCUGGAAUACUAUGAUCACUGCUUGAGUCUCUUGAUUGAAGCAGUUGGCGAGUCCAACGGACCUAUCGACGAAGAGACCCUCGCGGCGAUAGCGAUACUGCGGCAAUAUGAGGAGAUGGACGCCGACGAUAUGGAAAUGCACCUGACAGGCACAUCACGAAUCGUGAACUCCAUGUCAAUAUUUGACUUCAACGGUGGCCUUGGCGAAGCCGCCGCGUGGCUCUGCCUCCGACAAGAUAUCUACGUGUCGCUGACGAAGCAACGGCCACUGAGAUCCGACCUGGAAACAUAUACCCAGUCUGACGUGUUCAGGCGUGUAGACGAUGCCGCUUACGCGAAUAGAAUGGUGUUUCUCUUAGCAAAAGCUCUGAGCUGCGUCUUUCCGACUGAUUCGUCUUCUUCGAGCGGCGAACUAGAGAGUAUCCGACUAGAGGUGGACGACUGGUUUGACUCGAAGCCCGCUGCAUUUAACCCGAUUCUAGAAAAUGCCAGGAACAAGGAAGAGGGAAGGCUAUUGCCCGAGAUUUGGGUUCUUUCUCCUUUUCACGCCGUCGGGCUGCAAUACUACCAAAUUGCCAAGAUUGUACUGGCCAUGUCAACCCCAAUCGCCACAGCCUCGGUGUUUGAACACAUACGACAAGGCAAGAAAGUAGAGCGAACCGUGCGAAAUCAUCUUCUACAAAUUAUAGCCCUGGCUAGUUCGCAUGCAAGAGCAGAAAACGCCCUGUUCACAGCUCGACAUUCACUCUCGGUUUGGGGUAGUGUCUUUGCUGAAAAAGAAGACCAGGAAAUGGUGCUCACGUUCCUGGACCAUGUGCAACAAAAGACAGGCUGGCAUACAAUUUCUUUGAGCUCAACUUUACGACAACAAUGGACUCAAGAUGCAGAAGAGCACUAG